GCCGAGCGCUCAGUGUGCACACGUUGGCGGCCGCGAGGGCUGCAUGCAGGUGCUCUCGCCACGCGUCCCUUGCAACGUGCCUCCCUUGAUCGCCUUGUGACCUCUGACCUCGAGUCGAUGGCACCCCCAGGGGGCGCAACCACCCCCCUGCUCCUGCUCCUCGCUCUUCUCGCCACAGGAUGGUCGCUGGAAAUCACGGAGCUGCGCGGCCCGCACAUGAUCCAGAACGGCUCGGAGACGUCGGUGGUGCUGGACUGCGACUACGAACUGAGUGCGAGUGAAAGUGCGGGUGGACUGGUGGUCAAGUGGUUCUUCAACAACGAGCCGUCGCCCGUGUACCAGUGGAUCCCGUCCAAGAAGCCGCAGGACCUGGGCGUGCUCAAGGGCAAGCUGGACCUGGCGUGGGUCGCGUCCGACCACGAGGCCAAGCGCCACCGCGCCCUCCACAUCGUCCGACCCACCACCGAGCUCUCCGGCGAGUACACCUGCAUGGUCUCCACCUUCGAGGACGAACGCGCCAAGAGCAAGAAACUCGUCGUCUUCGUGCCGGAGAAAAGCAUCAGCCUGACGGACACAAAAAGCGAGGACGAGAAGUCGGUGGUUAUCGAGUGCUUGGCGCAGGGCGUCUUCCCCGAACCCACGCUCAGACUCCUCCAGGGCUCCGAGACGGACACUAGCAGGGAGAUGGAGGGCGUGAGGGUGAAGAGCGCGCUGACGAGCGAGGGCGUCUUCGACAUUUCGGCCAGCAAGAGAAUCGCCGACCGCGAACUGCAAAACACGCCCACCAUCAUCGAGUGCGAGCUCGGAAUCAAAGACACGGACUACAAGCGCAAGAAGAGGAUCAUCUACUAUCCAGAUGGUUACACCGGUCGGCGCAUCGAAUUCGCCCAAGUGCAGGAAGUUUCCGCCGAGGAUGAUUCUGGAAAUUCGUCGGCGAGAAGUGCGGUCCCUGCGGUCUGGUUUGUUUUCGCCCUGGUGGCCUCCUUUGGCCUUGGCCUGCACUGAGACCCAAAGUUCAAUCCCUGCGUGUGUGCUCUGGUCAAUUGUGGUGGUGAAUUGGCAAAAGUUUUUGCCAGCAAAGUUCGUGGGACGAGUCAAGUGAGACUUCUUUUUGCUUCUCAGUGGAUACUAAUUUCCUAAUUGCGAAGUUAACACUUAAUUUAAUUACAACGCAGUCGUCAAAGGAAGACAAAUUUAAUCGAAUUCGACACGCCGAGAGAUCAAAGUUUGAGCAACAUUGAUCGCAUUCUUUGUACGAAUUUGGGUGUGGUAAUUACUUUUGGUGAUUUCAAUUUUUUGAUUCGAUCUAGUCAACUCGGCGUAAUAAGACCUUGCUGCGAAUUUCUGGUCUAAUGACACAUACGUACGCGGCCUAUUAUUGAUCACGAUCUUAACUUGAGGGAAAGAAAAGUUUGCGUAACAAUCUCGAUCAGAAAUUCUCUAUUCACCUGUCAAUUGAAAAGAAUUUAAUUGAGCUGCAACAAGGCUGCGCGCUUUUAAUUCAUACUUAUUUGUGGCAAAAAGCAAGGCUAAAUUUAAUGAAAGGGCUUAAAAAUAAACACAUAUUUUGAUAAAAAAAAUAUCUUCAAUUGCAUUGGUCAAUUGUGAUUGUGUAAAAGAAAAUCUUUGUGUACAUAUUCAAGAGCAAGUCUGUGUAGAUAGCAAUAGAAUUAUAACCAU